UACCUUCCUAUCAAGCUUCUCGCUCGCUCGCCCGCUCGCUCGCUCCCGUUCCUCCGUGGGCAGCGAACGAUAAGGCUACGGUGUGCCAUUUCGGCGGCGGCGGAGGGGAGCCGGCGGCGGAGAUGGGCCAGGCCCCGAGCUGCGGCGGCUCGAACCUAGACCACCAGUUCUUCAAGGCCAUGAAGGCCGGGGACUUGGAAAUGGUGGAGUCCGCGCUGAGGAGGGAUCCCGAGAUCCUCCAUCAGACCACCCUCUACGAUCGCCUCUCCCUCCUCCACAUCUCCGCGGCCAACGGGCGGCUCGAGGUCCUUUCUACGAUUCUUGAUCGAUCUGUUCAUCCUGAUCUCCUUAACCGGCACAAACAAACUCCUUUGAUGCUGGCUGCGAUGCAUGGGAAGAUCGCCUGCUUGCAAAAGCUCCUCCAAGCUGGUGCAAAUAUUUUGAUGUUUGAUUCAUUGCAUGGAAGAACUUGCCUACAUUAUGCUGCAUACUAUGGCCGCUCAGAUUGCUUGCAAGCGAUUCUGGCGGCUGCUCGGUCCACCACAGUCGCCGAUUCAUGGGGCUUUGCCCGUUUUGUGAAUAUUAGAGAUGGCAAUGGGGCGACACCGUUGCACCUCGCUGCAAGGCGAGGGCGGCCUGACUGUCUCCACAUUUUAUUGGACAAUGGAGCACUGGUCAGUGCAUCAACUGGUGGAAACAGCUACCCAGGGAGCACACCUCUUCACUUGGCAGCGCGUGGGGGAUAUCUGGAUUGUGUUAGGGAAUUGCUUGCAUGGGGAGCUGAUAGGAAACAAAGAGAUUCAUCUGGGAGGAUACCAUAUAUUGUUGCAUUGAAGAGAAAGCAUGGGGCUUGUGCGGCUCUACUGAACCCAUCAUCAGCAGAGCCUCUGGUUUGGCCUUCUCCAUUGAAGUUUAUUAGUGAACUCGAUCCAGAUGCAAAGGCACUGUUAGAGGCAGCUCUCAUGGAUGCUAACAGGGAAAGGGAGAAGAGCAUACUGAAAGGGACCAAGUAUUCAUUGCCAUCCCCUGUCCGUUCAGAAGGAGACGUUGAUGAUGAUAAUGCCUCUGAGGCCAGUGGCAUGGAGCUUUGCUGCAUCUGCUUCAACCGAAUCUGCACCAUCGAAGUCCAAGACUGUGGGCACCAGAUGUGUGCCCACUGUACAUUAGCUCUUUGCUGCCACAGCAAGCCCAACCCUGCAACCUCGUGCUUAGCUGCUCCUGUCUGCCCUUUCUGCCGCAGCAUCAUAGCCCAAUUGGUGGCUGCCAAAACCAAGAUCAGGGAGGAGGAGGAGAAGGACAAUUCUUCGAAGCCUAGGAAGUCGAGGAAGUCUCUGAACUCCAGCAGUGAGGGAAGCAGUAGCCUCAAAGGCUUGUCUUCAGCUAUGGGCUCGUUUGGAAAGAUGGGCAGCCGUGGGUCAGGAAGGAUAGCUGAUAGUUGUGGUGCGAUGAACAAGCCCUGGACACCUCGACGUACCCAUGAAGCGGAAUCAAUGCUAAGGGACGGCCUUAUCGAAGUAUAAUGGCUCCAUUGCUUGUGUAAAUUUUGGCAUUCUAUGACCAAGAAAGAAAAUCAAAUAAGCGGUCUUCUUGCAGUUUUUGGGGUUGGUAUGCUGCUUGGCUAUCAAGUUCGAAGCCUAUUUCUUUGGGCAGAAAUAUAUGCAUCUCGUGAAGGGAGGUUGCAAACGUAUAAUAUGUAAGAAAGGGUGCCCUUCUUUGGGGUCGACAAAAUUCCCAUCUGAAAAUCUUCAUUCAAACUGUCAAA